CUCCGGACUUCUCUUCGUAAAAUUGGAAAUCUAAAAUGUGCACAGAGAGCAGCACCAGAUUAUAAAUAGCAGGCGCUUCGUCAAGGAUGGCCGCCUAACUCCACUUCCCUAAUACAAUCCUCUACCAUGUUACAGUCUUUCCGCCCACCCUGUUCAGUCGUGUUCGAUUAUUUGAAGCAAGACCAGCCCCUGCCAGCAGGCAUGUCCCCGACAACAGACCAUGAACCAACAGAAGGAAGAUCAGUCAUAGGAAGUCUUCGGAAGUACCCCACGAAAGAGGUAAGAGAAGAGGCACAAGCUCUAGGGAAGAUUGCAGGCCCGCUUGUGAUCUCGACACUCCUAAUACUGUUGAGGUCCCUCGUUUCAAUGAUCUUCUUAGGACGCUUGGGCAAGCUAGAGCUAGCAGGAGGAUCACUGGCCCUUGGGUUCUGGAAUGUCACCGGGAACUCUGUCCUAAAGGGCUUAGCAAUGAGGAUGGACCCAAUCUGCAGCCAAGCCUUCGGGGCCAAGAAUUGGUCGCUCCUCACCCUGACCUUCUCCAGAACCAUAGCCCUCCUCUUACUUGUCUCCAUACCCAUCACAAUCCUGUGGCUGAAUGCAGAAUCCCUCCUGCUCAGGUUGGGGCAGGACCCGGAGGUCGCAAGAUACGCGGGGGUGUUCAUGGCAACCUACGUCCCAGAGUUGUUUGCUCAAUCCUUCUUGCAACCACUGAGAGCUUUGCUUCGAACACAAGGCCUCACCAUGCCGGUAACCCUAGCUUCCCUGAUCGCCCUCAUCCUCCAUGUACCGAUAAACUACUUCCUUGUUAUCUACAUGGGUUUGGGGAUAAGAGGGGUUGCACUAGGUCUCGCCUUGAACACCAUGAACCUCGACCUGGGGCUGCUGAUCUACAUAUACACAUCGAAAUCACCCAUAAAACCUUGGGAGCAUGGCUAUGGUGUGAGCUUCUUGUCGAUCUUCCAAGACUUGCAGCAGCUGGUGGCUUUUGCAGGGCCAAGCUGCCUCUCCAUCUGCUCCGAGUGGUGGUGGUAUAAUAUCAUGCUAGUUCUGUGCAGCCGAGUCGGUGACAGCCCCGAGUCAAGCAUCGCGGCUAUGGGCAUCAUGAUCCAGAUUUGCAGCUACCUAUAUUGUAUCCCGUUCUCUCUCAACUCGGCUGCAUUGGCACGCGUUGGGAAUGCGCUUGGUGCAGGCAGGCCAUGUCGGGCCAAGUUGAUCUCUAUUGUCGGACUUGUAGCAUCCGUCGCCUUUGGAGCCUCUGUUUUUGCUUUUGCGACUGCUGCUAGGUCCAAACUGGCCAGAAUCUACACGGACGAGCCAACAGUUAUCGACCUGGUCACCUCUACACUUCCGAUCCUGGGCCUGUGCGAGUUAGGGAACGCUCCAAGGACAGUUGCUUCAGGAGUCUUAAUGGGGACGGCACGUCCAGAGUUGGUGGCACGGGCAAAUCUGUGUUCCUUUUAUGUGAUCGGCCUGCCAUUAACUCUUCUCCUGGCAUUCAAGUUCGAGUAUGGCUUCAAGGGAUUGUGGUUAGGCCUGCUCGCAUCUGAGAUUUCAGGGACAUUCAUGAUCUCAUACGACUUAAGACGUACAGACUGGAAGUAUCAAGCUAAAAGGGCUGAGAAGCUAACCCUUAUUUCCGGAGAAAAGUCGGACUAGCCGAAUCAACUCGGCUUUCGUGUGUUGGUCAGUCUGUUUAUUAUCAUCUAUUUCCGUAAAAUGAUGGUCUGUUCCUUUGGUUAUGGCUUUCUGGUUUUUCAUAUGUAGUGUGUCCGUUUGUCCGAAAGACUCUGCCGUGUCAUUGUAAUUUUAAUCAUAUGAUGAAAGAAACAUCGGAGGACUCCCGAGUGACUA